CUUCCCACCACCACAACGCCCGGCAAGAUGUCCAAGGAGAGCUCAAGCCUGCUGCAGACGCGCAGAGAGGGCCGCGUGCUCAUCGUGUCGAUCAAGAAUCCGCCGUACAACCUGCUGACUGGCGACAUUCUGCUUGGCCUGGCGCGCAUCCUGCGGUCGCUCGAUGUCAGGGAUACAGGAGCUGUGGUCCUGGCGUCGGCCAUCUCGGACGUCUUCAUCUCGCACUAUUCCGUGGACGAAAUUCUCGAGUUUGGCGAGCUGCUCCCGCCCUUCCUCGCAGCCAACACACAUCCGUGGAUGCUGCGCGGAUUGCUGGCCGUGGAGACGGGCCUCUCGUACCUUGGGCUGCGGCCAUUGCUUCGUAUGACUCCGCUCAAGGGACUCGCACACUUGAACGGCUAUGCAGAAUGCGCACAUCUUCUUCGCAGCAUUCCUCAGGUCACUGUCGCCGCCGUCAACGGGCGAGCAUUUGGCGGCGGCUGCGAGCUGGCGCUCAGCUGCGACUUCCGCGUCAUGGUCGACACACCGCCAGAGGGCACCGCCGACUCCCGCGGCUGCGGCAUCGGACAGCCCGAGAUCGUGCUCGGCCUCAUCCCGGGCGGCGGUGGCACUCAGAUGCUGACACGGAUGCUGGGCCCCGCGCAAGCGCUCGAGCUGUGCCUCGAAGGCACGCUCAUCUCUGGCGAGGAGGCGCUCAAGUACGGCCUCAUCACCAAGCUCGUCUCGCGCGAGCAGCUCAUGCCCGAGGCCAUGACCAUCGCUGAACGCAUGGCCCGCCGCAACCCGGCAGCCGUCGCGGCGAUCAAGGACUGCGUGCACACAGGAGGCUCAAGCCCACUGGCUGUUGGCAUUCGCCGCGAGCAAGGCGGCUUCGGCACAUCUGCUCUCGUCCCGGAGGCUGCAAACGCCAUGACCAAGUACCUCUCGGGCAUCGACGAGCUCCUCGGGCCCAAGUCGAACCUGGCCGACUUUCAGUCGUGGAAGGACGGCACGGCGGUCGACUUCACGCCGGGCUCGGCGCGGAAGCUGCAGGCGAGCAAGAAGCAGGUCUGAUGCGCACUACUGCGCCUUUCUGUUGGCAGGGCUGCACUCGACACGAUAACAUUAGUUCCGGAUCCGCUUGCUCCUUCUCUUGUCUGCUGAUAAUGGUAUAUACAAAACGAGCCAGUGCACCUCAG